CCGCCAGGCGCAGUCGGUGGCGGCCAUGGCUCCGAGCGCGCAGGCGGGGGGCGGCAGCGGGCAGGCGCCGGGCGCGGGAAUCCGCCGGGGGAUCCGCGCGGUGCUGCUGGGGCCGCCCGGCGCCGGAAAGGGCACCCAGGCUCCGAAGCUGGCCGAGACGUACUGUGUCUGCCACCUGGCCACGGGGGACAUGCUGCGGGCCAUGGUGGCCUCGGGCUCCGAGCUGGGCAAGCGACUCAAAGAGACGAUGGAUUCCGGGAAGCUGGUGAGCGAUGAGAUGGUGGUGGAGCUGAUUGAGAACAACCUCGACACCCCUCCCUGCAAGAACGGCUUCCUGCUGGACGGCUUCCCGCGCACGGUGAAGCAGGCUGAGAUGCUGGAUGAGCUCCUGGAGAAGAGGAGAGAGAAACUGGACUCCGUCAUUGAGUUCAGCAUCCCUGACUCCUUGCUCAUACGGAGAAUCACCGGACGGCUGAUUCACCCAGCAAGCGGCCGCUCUUAUCACGAGGAGUUCAGACCCCCGAAAGAGCACAUGAAGGACGAUGUCACUGGAGAGCCCCUGAUCCGCCGCUCAGAUGACAAUGAAACAGCCUUGAAAACCCGCCUGAAGGCCUACCACACACAGACCUCCCCCCUGGUCUCCUACUACAGCAAGCGAGGGAUCCAUACUGCGGUGGAUGCCUCCCAGUCUCCUGAUGUGGUGUUUGCUAGCAUCCUGGCAGCCUUCUCGAGAGCGACAUCUGAGUGACUCCGUGAACCAGAUGAGACCUCACCAAACGCUGCACAUUGCUACGUCAGCCAUUGCAGCCUCCCCCUGGUGCAGGGGAGGCAGGGAGGGCAGCUGGGAGGGGGGAUAGAUGGGAAGGAAAAAGGAGGUGGUAAACAAGGGGAUUAGGGGUUGGCUUGGUUGUUUUUUGUUUGUAUUUCUUAUUCAGCGGAAUCAUUCUGAAGAGGAGGUGGCCUUCUGCUUAGAAACCAGUGUUUAGGAAAGCAAAACUAUUCGAAGCAGCAUCUCUAGCAGUGACCAGAGCCCGGUCACAGAUGCUGGCAGGCAGGGCCAGGUACCAUUCCAGGCUUCUCCAGGGCUUUCAGUGCUCAUCUCACUGGUUCUUAGAAGCUGGAGGCUAUUGAAGGUUUGCUGUGAUUUCUAAAGCUGCUUCCUGUCAGCGAGGACCAAAAUGAACAAAAGACUUUUCUGAAGUAGAAAAGGAGGGAGGGAAAAAAAAAAGAAAAAAAAAAAAGGCUGCUGUGUUUUCCUGAAAGUUUUGAUGUUCUUGUUCUGCUGCAUUCCUCCACCCAGCACAGACUUCCCCACGUUCUGCUGCUGCUGAGCUGAGGGCUGUGGUGCUGUGUGAGCAAUCAGGUGGCUUUUCUGUGAUCUCGACCAAGCUGGAAUUCACAAAAUGCUGAAGAAAUGCAAAAGAACCUUUCUUAAUCGACUGCACAAAUAACAAUUGGGUUCUUUGCAUUUCUUUUAGAUCAAAUGGUGCCUUGUCUAACCUCUGAAUCAACAAUAAAAUAACCCCUUUGCAUUUUG